AUGGCGUCGGGGGAUAUUGGGUUUGCGUCGGUGGAGCAUGAUGUCAACUUUGAUGAUUUGGCUGGAUCCAUCGACCAGGAGGCGGUGGCUGAUCAGCAGCUGGUUCAAAUGACGCUCGAUGAGCCCGUGUGGGAUACGCUCAAACGCGACCUGGUCGCUAUCGGUCGCAAGUUUUACUACGUCUUUGUCCCGCAUCGCAGCAAAGCCCUUUUACACGACUGGGACUUGUGGGGUCCCAUGAUCCUGACCAUGACGCUGGCUUUGAUGCUGCGGUCGUCGGCCGGUCCCGACUUCCAGUCUGAAGUCUUUGCCGGCGUUUUCUUCAUCAUUUGCGUUGGAGCUACCGUAAUCACGGUCAACAAUCAGCUUCUCGGCGGAUAUUGCAUCUUACCCCUGGUCACGGCAUGCUUGCUCCUCAAGCUCAUCUCCGCCAUCAGCACCCAUCUCGCCUUGCGCACGCUGGUCGUGGCCGUGGCCCUCGCGUGGUCCAUCUACGCUUCUUUUGGAUUUGUGUCUGGGCAAAGCCCCGUCAAGCGCCGCGCGCUCGUGCUUUACCCCAUUGUGCUUUACUACAUUGUCAUUGCAUGGCUCGUGCUCAACGAUGCCCCCGUCGCCUCUCACGCCGCUGGCUCUGCCGCAAAAACCACGCCCGCACCAACGACAGUCCCUACCCAAGGCUCAUAA